UCUGUGCAGAGCGAGCGAGCGAGGCUCUAUUCUCUUUCUGUCUGCCUAGCUGUCAAGUCGCAACCCAGUCUCUCUGAUUUGCAACCAUCUCGUUCCCAUAGGGCAGAAUUUGCUGCCGCCACUCCUGUGUCCUCUUCCUCCUGCUCCUCCACUUCUCCCUAAGUAAUUAGUUUUCUCUUUGCUGUCUCGGGGCUUCCCCCUUGUUGUUUCCACUUGCUGUAGGAAGAGGGACGUGGUCUUAUAAGGCCAGUGGUUGUGUUUUUCUUAAGUGUGUUUGUAUAAAGCUACCUGGCGUGCCUGGACUUGGAAAUCAACCUUUUGCCCAAUGAUAUGUGAGACCGAGAGACUUGAACGAGAGCAACUUUUUCAAUAGUGGGAAGAACAAAAUACAAGCAAGUAGACUUCCUGCUGAAGUUUAAAGUGCAGUUAAGGAAGAAACUGUGUUUUUCUGUUCAAAGAGCCUGGAUGGAACUGAACCAACCUGGCACCAGGAACUGAGAUUCAGCUUGAAAGCCUUUCUCUUGCAGCAACCAAAGUUUGCUCCGAUCUUUCAUCUUUGCUGUCUCUGAGCCAGGAAUUUUCUCUCUGGAGAGUGGAAUGGUGGAAGAAGGUACAAGCCGGGGGGACCGGGCUCCCCGUGGUGGCGGGCCACGGGGAUCCCCACGCCCUCCAGCCCCGCCGCACCAUGGUAUCUCAGUGGUGGGCAAAGCUGUGUGGAGUGUGGCACGGACAGGGAAAGGCUGGUGCUUUGAGCGAGCAGUUGGGGUGGACUGCAGCUUGCCUGAACCUCGUUGCAUCUGGUUGACGAGUUUGAGAAAUGACAAUGUGGAGUGGUGGGAAAGACGGUGGCGCCGUGCUGGGGCUGUGAUGGCCCGGCAGAAGUGCCGAGCACGACACAGGAUGGACAGAAAUUUUACGCCAAAGCUGGGCCAGAGAGAUGGUACGGCCACAAACGCCAAUGCCCCACCUGCGGAGUCUUUUCCCUGGGUGGGGCCGAAAACAGUGGUGCUGCACAAGAACUCACAGGGGGGUUACGGUUUCACCCUCCGGCACUUCAUUGUCUACCCCCCAGAGUCAGCGGUUCAUUCCAACGUGAAGGAGGAAGAAAAUGGAAACAGAACGGGACCCUCGCGGAACCGUCUGGAACCCAUGGACACCAUCUUUGUGAAAAGUGUGAAGGUAGAUGGUCCAGCACACCUGGCAGGUCUCCGAACAGGAGACCGUCUUGUCAAAGUGAAUGGUGAAAGCAUCAUUGGGAAAACCUACUCGCAAGUUAUCGGCCUCAUACAGAACUGUGAAGAUGCAUUGGAACUCUCCAUUAUGCCCAAAGAUGAGGAUAUUCUGCAACUGGCAUAUUCUCAAGAUGCCUAUCUAAAGGGCAAUGAACCAUACUCUGGAGGCGCCCAGAGCAUCCCUGAACCACCACCAAUAUGCUAUCCUCGCAAAACCUACCCUUUCCAGUCAAGACCUUCUCCUCAGGAUGUUUCAGCAGCUGAGACCUACCAGGGGCAACAGGUGGACAACAGGCAGCUGUACCACUCGGGAUCUUCAGGCCCUUCAUCUUCCUUAAACAGCACAGCAGUCCACAGAAGCCCCCCAAGUGCUUGGCCUGAGUCCACACAGAACUUCAGUAGCAACCAUUCCAGCCCCACUCAUCGCACAGAGGAAGUCCAGUAUGGAUUGACUCAGAGGGUUCCUGUCUCAAGACCCUCCCCACCUUCUGGUUCUUUCCCCCGCUAUUCCAAUAGCAGUUGCCCAGGUCCUAUAACCACCCCCUUACCUGAAAGGUACUGUGUCCCACCUGCUCCCUCUAUGCCCAACCACGCUUCCUAUGGGCCCCCCAAACAUCUUCCUGACCACCUCCCUCAUGGUGGGUUGAAGGAUACUACUCGCGAGGGCAGGCCCUCCCGGGACUGUAUUGGGGCUGCACCCAAAUCUGUCAGUCGUUUAGAAUGCCAGCAGGCCUUGUCCAACUGGAUCUCGAGCCAAGUGCCACGCCGCAGCUCUUCAGAGGAGCGACACUGUGCCAUGCCACCUCGCUACCGGAGUAUCUCGCAAGACCGCCUGGGAGAUGCACCAGCCUCCCGGGGUUGGCCUCACAGUGCUUCCCAGGACACCUUAAUCCAAUCCCCUGCCCAUGACGGCUGGAGCUACCGUGCCAGGUCAGAGAACUAUCUGGUGAAAUAUGGGCAAUCCUUGGAAGGUCUUGAGCAGGGCGCUUUGGUUUCUCCUAGAUAUGACAGGUGUAUGUGGCCACCAGACAGAUUUUACCGGCACGGGCAAAUUAACCGAGCUCUGCCUAAUCAUCCUGGUUCUUAUUUCCCUUCUGCCUCUUCUAGGGAUCCACUUCCUGCACACGUGCAAAAGCACCCUUCCCAACCCAACCUCCAGAGCAUCGACGACUCUGGGUAUAUCGGUUACCGAAGCUAUAGCCCUUCAUUCCAGCGCCGGACUGGUUUGCUCCAUGCCCUUUCAUUCCGGGAUGCUACCUUUGGUGAUCUUCCAACUUUUAAUCUUUCUCAAAGGCAAGGAAACCACUCAACGCCACCUUACGUUGAAAGGCCUUUGCCCGCUGCCAUGCUCCCCAGUGCCCCCACACCUUGCCCAGAGCCUCUUCUGGGCAGUCGCUCCGAGAUCCCAGUGGACCAAAGACCAGCCAAACAGGAGAAUGACACGAAACCUCUGGAGCGGGCUUCUCCACCUCAGCCUACGGAACAAUUGCAGCCUGACUCUGAGGAGAGAAGGGAGGAAGUAGUUCUCCGGCAGAAGCCUCCAACUGGACGCAAAAUGCCUCCUCCUGCAAGGCAGAUGAAUUUUGUUUUUCCGGAUGACAUGAAGGAAACAGACAUCUGCGAUCCGCCUCCACCGGCGCAGGUAGCCGGUAAAGACAACAAGCGUGGUGUGGCCCCUUUGGCUACACCAGAGGAUUCGCUAGCAUCCAUCCCAUUUAUUGAUGAGCCAACAAGUCCCAGUAUUGACCUGAAGGCAAAGCACAUCCCUGCCUCCUCUGUUGUUUCCAGUGCCAUGAACUCUGCCCCUAUACUCUCUACUAGUCCCUCCUCACCAACGUUCACCUUUGCUGUCAACCGCCAUUAUUCCCAGGAUUGCAGCAACAUCAAAGCCAGUCGCCGGUCUUCCUACCUCUUAGCCAUAACCACAGAACGUUCCAAGUCGUGUGACGAUGGUCUGAACACAUUUCGGGAUGAGGGGAAGUUUCUGAGGAGGUUGCCAAGCCGUGUGCCAAGCCUCCGUAUGUUGCGGAGUUUCUUCACUGAUGGGUCCUUGGAUAGCCUGGGUGCCUCUGAAGAUACCCGAUCAAAGCGGCAUUCGACAUCUGACCUGACGGAUGUCACUUUCAGUGAUGUGAGGAAAGAAGGCUGGCUCCACUAUAAACAAAUUCUCACCAAGAAAGGCAAGAAAGUUGGCGGAGGCAUCCGGCAGUGGAAGCGGGUCUUCGCUGUUCUGCGUGUCCACUCGCUAUACUUAUGCAAGGACCGGCGGGAGGCCGUGGCCAUAGCCCCGCCCCCAGGUGAGGAGGAGCAGCAGCCAAUCAGCAUCCGAGCGUGCCUGGUAGACAUCUCCUACAGUGACACCAAGAGGAAGCACGUCUUUCGCCUGACGACCGCUGACUUCUGUGAAUGUCUCUUUCAGGCCGAGGAUCGUGAUGAUAUGCUGGCCUGGAUUAAAGUCAUCAGGGAGAGUAGCAAAGCCGAGGGCGAGGACCCUGGGUUUGCAAGCCAAGCACUAAUCAAUAAGAAGCUAAAUGAUUACAGGAAAGUGAGCUCCUUUGGGACCAAACCAGACUCUUCCCCAAAAGGUCCUCGCACCCCAGGGUUGAAGUCGGAAUUACAGAAGCAAUUAGGAACAGCCCCCCCUCGUUCCCCACGACAGGAUGCCAAUGCACUAAGAGAUGACAAUGUUCAUCAGAAAGCUCCUUGGGGUAUCAAUAUAAUGAAGAAGAAUAAGAAACCUGCUCCAAGGGCCUUUGGGGUGAGGCUAGAAGACUGCCAGCCAGCUCCUGACAACAAGAAGGUCCCUCUGAUUGUGGAAGCCUGCUGUAAAGUAGUGGAAGAUAAAGGCUUGGAAUAUAUGGGCAUCUACCGAGUCCCUGGAAACAAUGCUGUGGUGUCCAGUCUACAGGAUCAGCUCAACAAAGGGUCUGCAGAAAUCAACCUGCAAGAUGAGAGGUGGCAAGACCUUAACGUCAUCAGUAGUCUCUUGAAGUCCUUUUUCCGGAAGCUUCCAGAACCCUUGUUUACAGAUGAUAAAUACAAUGACUUUAUUGAAGCCAACCGGAUUGAAGAUGCCAGCGAAAGGAUGAAGACUUUGCGCAAACUGAUUCGGGACUUACCGGUCCAUUAUUUUGAAACUCUGAAAUUCCUUGUGGGGCAUCUAAAAACAAUCGCAGAUCAUUCUGAGAAGAAUAAGAUGGAGCCCCGUAACCUUGCCUUGGUGUUUGGUCCCACCCUCGUCAGAACAUCGGAGGACAACAUGACCGACAUGGUGACCCAUAUGCCUGACCGCUACAAAAUUGUGGAGACCCUCAUACAACAUUCAGACUGGUUUUUCAGUGACAAGGAAGACAAAGGUGAGAAGACCCCUGUAGAUGAGCAGGAAACCCAAUCAGUGCCGAAUAUUGAGUACCUUCUGCCCAACAUUGGGCGGACUGCAGCACCGGGGGAUGCUUCAGAUUCAACAAACAGUGGCUCAGCUAAGUCAAAGGCUUCUUGGGGCUCACGGAAGGAGCACUACCACAAGGAGAUGCUUGCCAUCUCCUUCAUCUCAGCUGUCAAUCGCAAGAGGAAGAAGCGGAGAGAGGCCAAGCGUUUUGGGAGCAGCACAGAUGAUGAUUCUGAGCAUGAGUUGGCUGCCAGGAGAGAUGGGGAAGAAGAGGCAGUGGCCCAGGAGGAAGAAAAAGAGGCUCAAGGGCUGAGGAGCAGCAGGGGCAAAGGUCCGGUGCCUGAUGGGCAAAGUGUUCCAGAGUGCUCUGCAAAACUAGAAACAGAGUUGGAAGAAAGGAAGCUGGUCACACCUCAGGUGACUCUAGAACCAGCACCAGAUGCCCGCUCCAUUGUGUCGGGUUACUCCACCCUGUCCACCAUCGAUCGCAGCCUCUGCUCUGAGGUUCAGUCAGUAGCAGAGAGUCGUGGGGAGGAGGCAGAUGAUGAGCGGAGUGAAUUCAGCCAUGUAGAGACGGAUACUGAGAAUGGUUUUGUGCCUGGGCAGGCUGGGUUGCUAUCAGAUGGAGCUGGAAUGGCGGCAGCAGGAAAGGGAGGAGCUAUUGUGCCUGACAAAGGAUCCCAAAACCGAGCCUCUUUCAGCUCCCAUCACCUUAUGCAGUGCGAUACCCUGGCACGCCGCAAGCUCUCGCGGCCUCGGCGCAAUAGUGAGGCCUCUUCCAAGGGCAGCACUGAAGCCUCCAGCUCAAGCUUGCCAGGUAGCCAGGAGUCACUGCAGCCUGCAGGUGCCACAGAAGCCCACGUCCGGCAUUCUCUCACAGAGCAGCUGCGUCUUCGCUUCCGUGGCUCAGCAGAUGACAUGUUGGCAGUGCGCCUCCGCAAGCCACACUCACCUGAGACACGACGCAAGAAGAACAGCUGGCGGCGCCACACUGUGGUGGUGCCUGGAAGCCUGAAGGACCUCAACUACAAUGAAUGGAAAGAGCAACAUGUGUUGGGGGCUCUUGAGGCUGCUUGCUCACUAGACUCCUCAAGCAGAGAUGCCCUGAAGGACAACAAGGAUUCUGGACUUAGCAGCCUGGAGUCAACAAAAGCUCGGCCUUCUUCAACCACACUUGGUAGUGUGGUAGCUCCUAACCACCAGGGGAGUGGUGAGCAGCCACACCAUAAGGGUGCUUCUGAGGGGUGCUCAGCUCCCCGACGUACUGCCUCCUUACGCUUUCACCAGUGUCUCUAGGUAGCCUGCCAUAGAAGCUCUUGUUUGAAUGGCUGAGAUGAAGCUCUGGCCAUAACAGUAGCCUUGACCUGAGAUUGGAAGUGGGCAGCCAUAGAUACAGCUCCUCACUUGAGCUCACUGCUGGCCUGCCUUGCUUUCAUCAAUACCUCAGUCUUCAGCAUAGUAAGAAUCUCUGCCCAGCCCCAACCUGCCCUGGCCUCACUUUCUCAUCCCUUUCUCCCUGGUAUUAAUUUAAUAACAUCCCUAUUAUUUGUGA